AUGGGUGCCCUCAAAUACGUCGAGGAACUCCAGAAGAAGAAACAAUCCGACGUCCUUCGAUUCCUGCUCCGCGUUCGCUGCUGGGAGCUCCGACAAUUGAACGUCAUCCACCGCGCCUCGCGCCCCUCUCGACCAGACAAGGCCCGUCGUCUCGGCUACAAGGCCAAGCAAGGCUAUGUGAUCUACCGUGUUCGAGUCCGCCGUGGUGGUCGCAAGCGACCGGUGCCCAAGGGUGCCACCUACGGCAAACCCACCAACCAGGGUGUGAACCAACUCAAGUACCAACGCUCCCUCCGCUCCACCGCCGAAGAACGAGUUGGCCGUCGUUGCGCCAACCUACGCGUCCUCAACUCGUACUGGAUCAACCAAGAUUCCACGUACAAGUACUUCGAAGUCAUCCUCGUGGACCCCAACCACAAGGCUAUUCGCCGUGAUCCUAGAAUCAGCUGGAUCGUCAACCCUGUUCACAAGCACCGCGAGUCUCGUGGCCUCACCGCUACGGGCAAGAAAUCCCGUGGUCUGGGCAAGGGACAUGGAUACAACAACACCACUGCGGGCCGGAGAAAGACCUGGAAGAGACAGAACACGCUCUCCCUCUGGAGAUACCGUUAA